UUACAUUAAAUUUUAACAAAACGAAUCGUCAAAUACAAAAAAUACUUCCUAGUAAUACAGAAGAGCCCAUUUAAUGUUGACAUCACGUGUUACUCCCCCACUAACGUUCUAACUUAGGGCGACCUUAGAACGAAUAUUGUUGAUAAGUUAGUGUAAAAAAAUCGCCAAAUCGAAAUGUCCUCGUUAGAAGACGUUUAAUAUACAAAUGUGAUUUGUCGGUUCGGUAAAAUGAGGGGUAGUACGGCGGGGUUACCCGGUACAGUCAUUAACGGGUACAACACUUCGUACUACAACAUAUUAACUAUUUUGGAUUUGUCGUUCUCCUUAUUCGUUAUAUGCCCUUGCGUGGUUGGCUACUGGAGGGGUGUGUGGUUAUUAAUGGACAUUUACUUAGCCGAUUUCUCCCCCUCUCAAAGUGGACUAAUUUCUGUUAUAAUAGGAUUGAUAGGACACGGUGUUUUUACUUGUUUUCAAAAAUUUUUCGAAGAAAAACUACAUCCGGAUAAAAACAGGGUGUUAUAUUACGUACUGUCCAGAUUGUAUACUCUAUGCUUUGGAUUUACUUGUGUUAACGGCUGGAGGGGUCCGUGGGAGCUUCUGGAUAUUCCCUAUAAAACGGAUGUAAUGUCGAUAUGUGCUACUACCGGUGUGGGAAUUGUGGCCCUUUUAUCGAUGAGGGGGUUGAGAAACGUUAUUGCUCCACCAUUCGUUAUUGUUUGUGAUGAUGUUCAAGGAUAUUUUGAAGUUGCCACUAUGUUUAGAACGAUGGGAGAGAGAACCUCAUUGUAUAUAUUAGACUGUCUAUUUUCCAUUGUGAUAGUGGGAACUUUAGUUGUAUUUGUAUGGAGAGGAGUUUGGUUACUGGUAGACGUAUUUCUUUUUCCAGAUGAUUACCUGUUUUCAAACUGGAGCAGUUUGGUGCUGGGUUACUUUUCAGUUGGGAUAGCAUUUUUAUUACAACCAGCUAUGAAAUAUUUAUGUGAAAGAUUAACUGGUGUUUCAAGAUUACUAGUGGCAGAUAUAUUCAUUUUAUUCGCUUUAUUCGGUACUGUUAAUGUUUGGCGAGGAAUUUGGAACCUUCUUAAUAUAUAUUUUUUACCAGAUAAUUUAGAGCUGAGUGGUUGGAUAACCCAUUGGGUUAGUCUGAUCGUACUGUUUCUUUGUCGUUGUUCCAAUUCCUUAUUGGUUCGUGGAGUUUACAUAGAUGCCGAAGAGCCCGGCGGUGAAUGCGCAGUUUUUCCAUGUUACUAUUUAAGAAUCAUUUUCAUGAAAAAGAAACUGAAGAAAAUGAACCUAAACGCUUAUAAUUUAAAUGACACUAUAAAAGUUAAUCAAAAAGAAGUAGAUAUGCAACACAACAAUCACGUAGUGAAUAUUAACACUAUUAGUAGUAGUAUUCAGGAUAGCAAAGAUUCGAAACCGACGAUAUGAACGUCAAAAGAAGUAUAACCAAAAAUAUUGUGAAAUGUAACGAUUAGUUAUAAGUAUUAUAGCUAUAAUUUGAUUUUAAUAACUAGGACUAUUGUAAAUAGAUAGAAUAUUAUUUAAUAGUGGAUAAAUAAUUUAUUUCUACAUAUUUAAAGCAUAGAUUCGUCUACAUAUUGUGAUAGUAUUGCAAAUCUUUUUACUCGUUAGAAAUAUACUGUAAUAAGUUUAAGCCGUUUCGUUCUAACGCAGAUCAUUAUCAUUAUACAAAUUUUCGUAUACAUUCAAAUAAAUAAUUUAUAUACA